GCCUCGCGUCGAACUGCCGCCGUAGCUACGUCGUAGGCUGUGUGUAGCGAUAGCAACGCUCUGUUUUUCAUGGCAACGGUGUGUACUUCGCAGCGGUCUUAAUCAUCCCGCUGCUCCGCGAUCGCUGUCUGCACCCUGUCAUCUCAUAUACUCAAUGCAUAUACCGUUGGAAAGCUCUCUCCUCUACAAUGCUGUCGGAUCCAAAUAUGGCAAUUUCCUUUUCAUCAGCAAAGAAUCGUGAAAGCAAAAGGGGGAUUUGAUUCUAAAAGCGCAAUCUCAUUGGCUGAUGCCAAUUUCUGACAACGUGAUUCGCUUAGAAUGGUCACGUGACGUGCUCUGACAUUUCUGCGGUAGUUCAGAAUGUCAAAAGAAGUGCGUCGAAAAUGGUCGAAAAUCACCUCAAAGAAGACGAAAACAGUUGUUAUUAGUAAGAAGAGCCAGGGGAUUACACACUGAGACAGCAGAUGAUGAAAUGCCUUCACAUAGUACGUUGAUGUGUCACCUGUCGUUCAGAAAGCAGGAGUUUUCAGACAGUGGAGUUUCACAGAGCCAGUAUACAAAAGAGAUAAUUGAGGAAAUGUUUAGAUCCAUUUUUGGACGAAACUUCUUUGCAAGACUUCGGUUUUCAAGAGAUAUGGACUCUUCUUCGAAGAAGUCCAAACGAAGGGGUGAGAGCCCUUCGUCUCCUGAAGACCUCAACCCUCCCACCAUCUUGAGGGAGCACGGACGAAGGGGUGAGAGACCUUCGUCUAGUGGAGGCACCAACCCUUCUACCACCAUGAAGGAGCACAGAGAAAGGGGUGAGGGCCCUUUUUCUUGUGCAGAAAACCAGCCCUCUAACACCAGGCAGCAAGAACGAAGGGAUGUGAGCUCUUUGUUCAUCGUGGGCACCAACCCUUCUGCCAUCACAAAGGAGAGCAGGCAAAGGGGCGAGAGCUCUUUGUCUUCCUCUUCUGAAGAGGAUGAGCCUUUUACCACCAGGCUGCUAGUACGAAGGUUUGAGAGCCCUUCGUCGUCAUCUACUGAAGAUGACCAGCCCUCUACCACCAGGCAGCAAGUGCGAAGGGAUGUGAGCUCUCUGUUCAUCGUGGGCACCAACCCUUCUGCCAUCACAAAGGAGAGCAGGCAAAGGGGCGAGAGCUCUUUGUCUUCCUCUUCUGAAGAUGAUGAGCCUUUUACCACCAGGCUGCUAGUACGAAGGUUUGAGAGCCCUUCGUCGUCAUCUUCUGAAGACAAGCAGCGUACUACUACAAGGCGGCAGCAAGCAUGGAGGGGUGGGAGCCCUUCGUUGUCAUCUUCUGAAGAUGACCAGCCCUCUACCACCAGGCAGCUAGUACGAAGGUUUGAGAGCCCUUCUUCGUCAUCUUCUGAAGAUGACCAGUGUUUUACCACCAGGCUGCUAGUACGAAGGUUUGAGAGCCCUUCUUGGUCAUCUUCUGAAGAUGACCAGCCUUGUACCACCAGGCUGCUAGUACGAAGGGAUGUGAGCUCUCUGUUCAUCGUGGGCACCAACCCUUCUGCCACCAUGAAGGAGAGCAGGCAAAGGGGCGAGAGCUCUUUGUCUUCCUCUUCUGAAGAUGAUGAGCCUUUUACCACCAGGCAGCGAGUACGAAGGUUUGAGAGCCCUUCCUCCUCAUCCUCUGAAGACAAGCAGCGUACUACUCGGAGGCGGAAGCAAGCACGAAGGGCUGAGAGCACUUUUUCGUCAUCUUCUGAAGACGACGAGCCUUCUACCGCAAGGAGGCAGCAACAACGAAGUCCUUUGUCCUUCGUAGACAUCAACCUUCCUACCACCUUUAGGCAGAAUGGAGGAACUGGAGAGAACCAUUUGCCCUACAUUGACAUUGACCAGCCUAGCAUCUGUUGGGAGCACGUACGAAGGGGUGAGAGACCUUUGUUUCGUGGAGAUUUCAACCCUUCAAACACCUUGAUGCAGGACGGACAAAGUGAUGACAGCCCUUACUCUACAUCUUUGUCUUCUGAAGACGACGAGCCUUUAACCACAAGGAGGCAGCAAGAAAGAAGGGCUGAUAGCCCUUUAUCUAUCUAUCUGAGUGCGAGAAAGCGUUUGGAGGAGGAGGGUUUAAAAAGAGAAAGAGAGAGGUGUGAAGAGAUGAAGAGAAAGAACCAGGAGAAGGAGUGGACAACGUUUGGUCUGCGUUCAAGAAUGUACAUUUGGUGGCUCAAUCGCAAGAUAGAGCGCAUUGCCAGGGAAAUCCAAUGUACCUUUGUGGAGGAGCGCUACCUCCUGCGUCAUGAUCCCCUCGGAAAUCCAGAGAAAAUGGCAGAAAAAGAACGGCUGCUUGACCGAAGGAGGGACCUGGUCGUGUACAAACGCAGACAAGAAUUGAAGGUGGAGAGGGAAGUGAUGAAGCAAAAACUGUUACGCAAAAACUCAGAAAUCCGACAAAUGUUAAAUCUUGACAAAGGGCCAAUGCCAGUCAGGUCUCGUAAACUCGAAUUUGUUAAAACCUAUCCUAAUUUAGCUUUGGUUAGGUUCUGGCCGUAGACCUUAGGGUUAGGGUUAGACCCUAAAGACAGUAGAAAGAAUAAAGUAAGGCAAGAAUAGGUUGAAAAUAGUUUAU